GUCAGUUACUGAGGUAGUGGCAACCACAGACCAGCAGCAAUAGUAGCAGCCAGUAGCAGCAGCAGUAGUAGCACCCGCAGCACCCGGUCAGCACAGCACCCACUUGUCGGCUGGCCGACACCGCGACGGCAGCUCGGCAGUCUCGGCACGGUCCCUAGCGGCUACCUGUGCGAUUGUCGAGUGCCACCUGAGGGGAAUUGAGAAACGCCGGCGCCGGUAGCGUGUACUAAUUAGCGCGACGGUUAAUUGCCGAAGAGCACAAACUACCUAGAGCAACUGACCGCACGCGUGCGCGCCCCGCGCGUCGACGACGUGACCAGCUGCAGCCUGUUGCAAGCGGCGAAUUAUGACUGAACCAUAUGAUAGCGAGUAACGCGCGAUGAACAAUGGCAGCAGAUAGCAAGACGGCGGCGCGGAGCCCGCUAAGUGCUAGUUCAAUUUGCCUCGGGGAAAAUCGGUUUUCAUGUGGCUUCCGGAUGCUGUGGUACUUUUCUACAAGUGGUAUAUUUAUCAGAUUAAAGAUAGACUGAUCCUACACGAAGAGAGGGAAAGAAGAGAAAAAGAAAAAAAAAGAGAAGAAGAAAGAGGAGCAAACGGUGCGCUGGAAACAAAAUAACUCGCGGCGAAAUGGAUGAACCAAUAACACGACGUGGUAGAUGGGUUUGCCCAAAUGAUCGGCAAUUGGCGUUGCGAGCAAAAUUGCGGACAGGAUGGUCUGUAAAAACGGGAUCUUUCGAAUCCCAUGGAUGGGGACAGUAUCCAAAUUCCUGCACGAGCAGUUCCAAUCGUUGCGGACAAUCUUACUUGCUCAGUGACGAUGAACGGAAAGCUAUUAUCCAGGUGAUACAAAGGGCCGAGGCUCUGGAUCUGUCGGAACAAGAACGAGUCGGUAGACUCGUUGAGAGGCUAGAGAAUAUGAAGCGAAACGUGUGCAUCGUAACGUCGACAAGGUCGAACGAGAGACGCGGUUGCGGACGCCGGUGCUCCGGCGGAGCUCGUUGCGUCUGUUCGUGCGCACUCUGCGGCGAAAAGUUCGGCGCGGUGCUGGGGGCGAGCGCGAAUCUCUGCAAGGAUUGCCGCAAGUACAUCUGCCAGAAGUGCGGCAUCGAGGCGACCAGACUUAAUCCGUCGAAAGGAAACGGCGACGAAAAUGACGCGACUACCUCGUCGCGCAGUUCGUUGCGCGUCGUGAGAUUCGCUCAGGAACGUACGGGCGUUCAAAGGAUCGUUCCAAGAUCCCACGGUAACGUGCAGAAGCAAUUUCUCUGCCGAAUUUGCGCCGAGACCAGAGAGAUGUGGAAGAAGAGUGGCGCUUGGUUCUUCAAAGGGAUGCCGAAGUAUAUUCUACCGGAGAAGAAGGAACGAGGAUGGUGUCGACCUGGUCACAGAACGUCGACAUGGACGAUAGGCGGUGCAUGUAGAUCCUUGGACUCAACCGACGCCCAGGAUUCCUCAUCCGACGACGAUACAACGCGGCGACUCGCGGUAGCUCGCGGUCACUCUCCUACGAAUCUGUCGACCAAUCGUGAAAACACUCCUACCAAGAUGACGAUUUCGAGUCCUGCAACCAGUACCUCAUCACAGAGAAGUGCUCGAGGACGACCAAACGGUCUGUCGCCCUCGGGCUAUCGCGAGGAUACCAGCUCCGACAGGUUGGACAAGUCCUGUCUCUCGAUCGCGUCUCAAUGCAGCCGACUUUCGCCCACAGGCUCGAUCAGCACCCCUCGCUCGAGGGCGAGCGGCAAGAGCCCGAAUGAAUUGCAGGUGGAGCAACGCGUGUCCUUCGAAAAUAUUUUCGUAGACGACGAGAGGGCUAACGAGGCGGACGACGACGAGGAGGACACCGAGGAGACUCGCAAAGACGCUUCCACGUCCCUGGAUCGGUCGAAGGGCUCUCAGGUACAAUCUCUCAGACUAAAAUCAGCGACGGCAGCGACGACGCCGACCACACCGGUCGAGUUUCAGACGAUGGGCAAGAUUCUACAAGAGAGGAACGCGGAACGGGAAGCGAGCAGGUCCUGCUCGGACCAGAACAGCUCUUCCAGCACUCGCAGCAACAGCCAAGUCAAAAUAUCAAGAACCCCGGAAUAUCCACGAGAAACGGGACAAGAUUAUGGAACUCUCGAAGUCUCCUUGCGAUACGACCCGGCAGAUCAGUGCCUCCAGUGCAAGGUGGAACGUGCACGUCGUCUCAGACCCAUGGAUAUUCAAGGCCUCGCCGAUCCCUUUUGCAAACUGAACAUACUACCCGUCGGGAAGGCGUCGACAAGCAGACGUCUACGUACGAAGACGGUGCACAAGACACGCGAUCCCGAGUUCAACGAGACGGUGAAUUUCUACGGAACGACGGAAACCGACAUCUCAACCGGCAAGGCAUUGCACAUCCUAAUCAUUCAGGACGAUCCCUCGGGCCAAGAUUUCCUGGGAGAGGCGAGAUUUCCCCUACACGAAUUGAUACCAUGUCAAACGAAACAUUACAAAAUUUCUCUGCAAGCUCAUUAUCCAGUGGACAACGAAGAGGAAACCUGGGGCAUGUGUUCAAGCGGUCGUGGGCAGAUCCAGAUAAGCCUGAGCUAUUGCACGCGUCGACGUGCGCUGCUGGUCACGGUGCACCGCGCUACGAAUCUCCUGCCCAUGGACAGCAACGGGUUUUCUGACCCAUUCGUCAAACUGGCACUCGUCGAGGAUGCGACCGACAAUCAUCGGCAGCAACGGUUCCUAGACUACUCGGCCGCUCGCGCUACUGCCAAAAAGCUGACCGGGAAAAAGACGGCCGGCCGCGGCUCGCAGAGCACGAGCAUCAAGCGGAAGACGCUGAAUCCAGAGUGGAACGAAGAGUUCGUUUUCGCGACUCGCUUGACGGAGCUAAUGAAGCUGACGCUAUGCCUAUCCGUGUGGGACAAGGACUUCGGCAAGAGUAACGACUAUCUGGGCGGCCUUAUGUUAGGUUGCGGUAGCAAAGGGGCGCGUUUGCGACACUGGAUAGACGCGAUCAAGUUCCCGGAUCAUCGACAUUUGGCGUGGCACAGUCUGGCGGAGAUGGACGUACCUAUGGAAUGAAUGGCUCCGUUUCGGUAAUCGGAAAGCAGGUCAAGGUUAAAUACACGAAGUAUAUGGGGGCUUUAUCGACACGUUAUAUACAUUUACAUUUAUACGUACGCACAUACGCGUACAAUAUACUUGACGCGCGUGUAUCUGUGCGUGUGAUUUAUCGUUGCUCAAAAAUUAAGUAUUAUAAAAUAUUAAGCGGUUGAUAUACGAAAAUAAAGAAGUUGAGAACAGA